CUCUCUUUGCACAAAAGCCCUCGCUUGACUUCUAAUAUCCGCUUCCGCUCCCCUCUCUCCUCCCCUGAAACCCCACCCUUGCAUGGGAAAGCGAUUCCCGGCCGCCGCCCUAGCCGCCGCUUUCCGCCCCUACUCCCGCUCCGGUCCCGGUUCCGCCGCCGCAACCGCCGCCGGCAAGGCAUCUAGGCCGCCCACCUCCCCGCUGGAUACUCCCAGGAACGCCGGCGCCGGCGCCGGGGCCAGCUCCGGCCGCGCCGAGGUGCGGGAGGUGGCGGCGGCGUGCGGGAUGCAGGAGGACGAACGGGUGCCCCUCUCGGAGAUGGUGCUGGACUGCACGCGGCGCUGGUUCCAGGACGCGCUCAAGGAGGCGCGCGCCGGCGACGCCGCCAUGCAGGUGCUCGUCGGCCAGAUGUACCGCAGCGGAUACGGCGUCAACAAGAACGAGCAGAAGUCUCGACUUUGGAUGGAGAAAGCAUCGAGAUAUCGAUCUACAGUCUGGAAAGUUAGCAAUAAACGUCCAGGAUAUAAUGCUAGUGACUCAGACACAGAUGAUGCUAAUGAAGCAGGCAAAUAAUGGAUAUUUCCGAGCUAAUGUA